UUCGCCUUUUUAGGCGUUUUUGCGCGGCCUGGAGAGGCUCCAAAGCGCGGCCGGGCUCCGGCUGCAUCCCUCCCUACCGGGCUGUGGGUGGGGAAAGGAAGGAGGAAGCAGCCGAAGAGGAGGAGCAGCAGCAGCAGCAGGAGCAGCAGCUCCAGGCCGCGGCGGCGGGAGCGCCUGCAAAGCUGGGCGAGGGGCCAUGUCCCGUGCGCCGCCAGCCCCUGACCCAGAGGCGCAUGGCUCUGCGGGCGAGCCGGCUGCAGCGGAGGACGAAGUGGUGCAGAUCCGGCUGGGCGAUCGGAGUUUCCCGGCGCGCAAGAGGCAGCUGCUGGAGCAGAGCGACUACUUCCGCGCCCUGUACAGCUCGGGCAUGCGGGAGGCGCUGGCCGAGCCGGGGGUGCAGCGGCUGCGCGGCGGGCUGAGCGCGGCGGGCUUGGAGCUGGUGCUGGACUUCAUCCACACGGCGCGCCUGGGCCGGCUGGAGCGCGGCGACGACGACGACGGAGAGCUCCCCCUGCUGGACGAGCUGGUCGAGGCCGCCUCCUACCUGCAGGUCACGCCGCUGCUGCGCCUCCUGCGCUCCCAGGUGCGCCUGGGCAACUGCCUGCAGCUGCGCCACCUGGCCCAGGUGUACGGCCUGCCCGAGCUGGAGGAGGCCUGCCUGCACUUCAUGGGGGGGCACUUCCACCAGGUGCUCCGCAGGCCCGAGGCCCGCCCCCACCUGCUGCUGCCCAGCGCCCUGCGGCUUCAGCUCCAGGAGAGGCGCAUGCAGGGCACUGCCACCUUGCUGGCCCUGGGCAACUUCGUGGGCCCCUUGGCUUCUCAGGGCAGGCCGCCCCUGGAGGAGUCACCCUGUGCUAUGCUCAGGUACGACGAGGGGGCACGGCGCUGGCUGGGAUUGCCCAGCGACCCUCCUGCGGACCUGGGGAACGUGCGAGGAUACGGGUCAGCCGUGCUGGACAACUACUUGUUCAUUGUCGGGGGCUACCGCAUCACCAGCCAGGAGAUAUCGGCCAGCCACUGUUACAACCCGUGUCUGAACGAGUGGAGUCAGGUGGCUUCCAUGAACCAGAAGAGGUCGAACUUUAAGCUUCUGGCUGUCGGGGGAAAGCUGUAUGCCAUCGGUGGGCAAUCCCUCUCCAACGUGGAGUGUUAUAACCCUGAGCAAGACUGGUGGAACUUUGUGGCCUCUUUGCCCAGCCCCCUUGCGGAAUUCUCGGCAUGCGAGUGCAAAGGCAAGAUUUAUGUCAUGGGAGGCUACACUGCAAGAGACCGCAACUUGAAUAUCUUGCAGUACUGUCCUACCUCAGACAAUUGGACGAACUUUGAGUUGUGUGAUGUCCACUUGCGCAAGCAGCAGAUGCUAUCCAUUGAGGAAACCAUCUACAUCGUUGGGGGCUGUAUCCAUGAACUGGGAUCCAACCAAAACCCCAGCCAGAACGAGGACAUGUUGACAGUGCAGUCUUACAAUACGAACACGAGGGAAUGGCUCUACCUCAAAGAGAACACCUCAAAAUCUGGUCUUAAUUUGACUUGCACGCUGCACAAUGAUGGGAUCUACAUAAUGAGUAGAGACGCCACCACAAGCUUAAAACACCGGGUGUUCUUGAAGUACAACAUAUUCUCAGACCGUUGGGAAUCAUUUAGGCACUUUCCAACCUUUGGAAAAAAUAUAUUGGUCUGUUCUAUGUAUUUGCCGAAUCAUACUUGAAUAUAGACACCAUAGUUUGUCCCUUCAUAAAUCUGAUUUGUUAUUGAA